CAGAAAGGAAGCCCUGGAGCCUGGCGCACCGACACUCUAGGUGGAUCUCAGAGCAAUGCGAUCGGCCAUCGGCUUUGGGGACUGGCAGCCUAGGCCAGAGCAACCUUUGCCAUAGCCGGGACGGAGGGGCUGGGCCGCGGAAGUGUCCAGACCAGCCAUGAUCCACCCUCCAGAUUUAGCCACUGUGCUUCAGCUGCUUUAUCCCUCUUCUCCUGUGGCCUUCUUCUCUCACUGAAGAGCCCAUACUAGAGAACUUGGGAGAAAAAGCAUUAAUAAAUAUCAAAAUGUCAAGCUCUUCACCAUUCAAAAUGCAGCUAGUACACUUGGACCUUAAAGGAGCUCCCCCCAAGGUUUUAUACCUGGCAGAGAUCUUCCCUCUCUUCCAUGCCCUUGGUGCCAAUGGUCUCCUCAUUGAAUAUGAGGACAUGUUUCCCUAUGAGGGACCUCUACAGCUCCUGAGGGCCAGGCACGCCUACAGCCACUCUGAGAUCAAAGAAAUUCUUCAUUUGGCCAAGCUACAUGACUUAGAGGUGAUUCCCCUAGUGCAAACAUUUGGACACAUGGAAUUUGUUCUGAAGCAUAAGCAAUUUGCUCACCUCCGUGAAGUAGAGCUGUUCCCAAAUGCUUUAAAUCCCCACAAGGAGGAAUCCCUGGCAUUAGUGGGUACAAUGAUUGAUCAAGUAAUGGAGCUACACAAAGGCAUUCGAUGGUUCCACAUAGGAUGUGAUGAGGUAUAUUACCUUGGUGAAGGGGAACUGUCUAAACAAUGGUUACAGCAGGAACAGAACAAUAUGGUAAAACUGUGUCUGACUCAGAUGAAAGCAGUUGCCAGGCAUGUGCUCAUCCACCACCCCACUGUUAAGCCCAUUGUAUGGGAUGAUAUGCUUAGAGGCAUUAGUGAAGAAUAUCUCACAGAAUCUGGAAUAGCACAACUGGUGGAGCCAAUGAUCUGGGACUACAUUGAGGAUAUGGAUGUAUAUGGAAAGGUUCUCCUCAUGGAUAAAUACAGGAAGUGUGGAUUCCCUAAACUGUGGGUUGCCAGUGCUUUUAAAGGUGCCACAGGGGUGAAUCAGUCUUUGACCAUUAUUGGCCAUCAUCUCAAAAAUAACAUCCAAUGGUUGAAAGUGGCCGAAAGUGGACCUACUGAGAUGCUGCAAGGAAUCGUUCUAACUGGUUGGCAAAGGUAUGACCAUUUUUCUGUUCUCUGUGAACUGCUUCCUGUGGGAAUCCCAUCCCUAGCAGUCUGUCUGCAGGCACUCAAAUAUGGAGGUUACACUGAAAAUGUUAAAAAAAUAGUAGAAAAGUACUUAGGGAUAUCAAAUUUGGAAAUCAACAGUUUUAUGAGUGAAAGCUCUGGGACCUUCCCUGGCAGUGAUGUCUUCGCCCUGGUCACUCAGGUCAGCUUUCACCUGAGGCUCUCUGUGGAUGAACUGCUAGAAAGGAAUAGGUAUGUGACAGGCUGGUUCAGCCCUUACCACCGCAAAAGGAAGACGAUUCACCCUGUUAUGAUCCAGUACAUCCAGCCAGAUGCCAUAAGUCUCCUAGCCAGGUGGAAUGCUGUCAUCCAGGAGCUGCAAGCAGCACUUGAGAGAAUUUUCUACCCAGAUGCAAUAGAGGAAUGGCUGGAAGAAAAUAUCCAUCCCACCAUGCAAAAGCUACAGCAGCUAUUGAAAGACCUAGAUGCAGCAAUAGCAGCUCAUUCUUAACACUUUUGUGACUCAUCUUGGAUUUUAGGAGGCUUACCUACUACUAAUCCAGUGGAGAUUUCUUAAAGAUGGACAAAGCCACUCAUUACCACAUGAAAGCAAGGCUAAGGGGAGGGGAACAGGGUUAAGAGGGAUCCUGUGGGUAUAAUUGAAAAAUCUUAUUCCCAAAACAAAAGCUGAAAUGAGACAUUCAGGUGUGAAGAUAUGAUACUGGAUCUUGUGUAAAAAGCUAGUACCAUGAAAGGAUGGAGCAGAAUUUAUUAUGCCUUAAGUGAACUCAAAAAAUUAGAAAUAGCCGUCAUGAUCAUUACACAGGGCAGCAGUAAAAAGGCACUAAAAAUAAAAAGCAAAAGAGAUAAGCAGGGAAAUUACAUUAUGCUUGAAAGCAUCAUAAAUAAUGUUAAUACUGAUAUAUAUGCACAAAAA